AUGUCUCUGGACGAGGAAGCUCUCCAAACAGCCGCCAAUGGCGGCUCCAUUGACUUAGCGAGAUGGAACGGCAUGGCUGUAUCGAUGAUCGAGAGACUCGAACAUAUCGUGUACAAUGUGUUCCCCAUGCCUCAAGUGCGCCCCAGGACCUUAGGGGUCCAGUCUUUCCCCAACCCUUCCGAAGAAAACAACGUCCCACCCGAAAGCAGUAACAAGGAGAAUGCUGCGCCCGCAGACCUCGAGACCUCACCCCAAGGUGCGCAACCUGGUUCUCCAUCGGCUGAGCGCGUACCAGACUCCCAGCCCCAACCGUCCAACGAAAGCACAGAGAGCCUCCCACCUCCACUGGCUCUACUAUUGAACGCAAUCCGCUCAUCCAUUCACUCGUACUUCACGGACAAGCCCCCACACACCAUACAGAGACUUGCAGAGCUCGUCCUGUACCCCACAAAGCACUAUAAGACAUUACCUGCGUAUCUACGCGCCGUCGAUCGUGUAACCUCAGUCACAAGCUCCGCAGACAUUUUUCCAUUCCAAACUCCAGCUGCAGACGAGGCCCAGUCGAAUGGGCUCGUGCAUCCCGGGAAGGGCAGCGGCGUCUACGUGGCUCCAGACUACCUUCAAGGCCUGGGGAGUGAUGAAUCUCUGGGCGGUGCACUACUUACUCCAAUUCCAUGGUUGAGUAACAGUUCGUUUGCUGAUGAGGAUGUCGAUGUGAAUGGGGAUGCGAACGUACUAAGCGAGGCCGCCGAGGAACCACUUUCUGAACCUUUAGAGGGACAGAUUGAUGCAGCGGCCACCAUACUCCCUGCCACUGAAGAUAAGACUCCUACUGCUUCACCAGAGCCAUCUGACGAGGUGCCUCAUGCUCGUGGUCCAAUUCUUCUCGGCGUCGAAGACAUGGGUUUGCAGGACGGCAAGGGUGUAGAAGUGAGCCUUGGCACGGAAGGUGAUCCUGCUGUCUCUGAUGCCCCCGCUGCGGCUGCAGAAAACCCUUCAUCGGAGGCACUUGCUAAGACUGAGUCGAACGUCGACAAUGACGGUGAUAUUGUUCUCGGAGACCCCAAAUCGAAUGAGGAAGUAAAGGAGGAAAGCUCAGCUACGAGUUCCCAACUAGAGACUGCCGAAUCCGAAGUAACGGGCGAAUCCUCUCAAGCGCCGGACGCGAAGAAGGAAACAUAA